AUGGUUCAACUCGCGAGCAUUGGUGCACUUCUUGUCAGCGCAGUUGCUGCUGCUGCUGCUGCUCAGCAGAGCGCCGAACAUCAAGCUCUCCUGUCGGGCUUGGGCCCAGCGCCAGAGGGAGACUCUCGAUUCACGACGUGGAAGUCUCCAGGACCGAAUGAUGCCAGGUCGCCCUGUCCCGGUCUGAACGCUCUGGCCAACCAUGACUUCAUUCACCACGACGGACGUAACUUAACUUUGCCUCAUCUGCUUCAGGGCCUCGCUGCUGGAAUGAACAUGGGCGCAGACUUCACAGUUCUCAUCGGCGGUCUCGGUCUGCUGUCUUCCCCCUUCCCAUUGCUUGGGUCCUUUGAUCUCAACGACCUUGACCAGCACAACUUCCCCAUCGAGCAUGACGCCAGUCUGUCUCGUAAGGAUGCCUACUUUGGCGACGACCACACAUUCUACGAGCCCUACUUCCAAGACAUGCUCUCCUUCUUCAAAGGCGACAAAACAGCCCUCUUACCCGCUUCCAAAGCCAUUGCGAAUCGAACCGCCGACUCCCAAGCAAUUAAUCCCACUUUCACCUACGGUUUCCGGGAGUUCAUUCAACGCUACGGGGAAGUUUCCAUCUUCCUCCAAACCAUGGGAAGUGAUGAUGUCUCGGGAGUGACUCGCAUCGAUUGGGUCAAGGUGCUUUUUGAAGAGGAGAGACUUCCUUAUGAUCUUGGUUGGAGACCUCGCAAGGAGCCUAUUACUGUUGCUAGUCUUGGGACGAUGGUCUUUAAUUUGUUUAAUGUUAGCCCGCAGAGGGUUCCUGAAGGAAGGAAGAUUUUGCUCGAUUCAUACAAGGACGUCUUUGAGGUUCUGGGUGGUGGAUCGAAUAUUCUUAAUAACAUUACCAGUGGUCUUUUCGAUGCUGUUGGUUUGUAA